AUGCCAAGGGAACGAGACCCAUUGGUCGUUGGACGUGUGAUUGGGGACGUUCUUGAUAGUUGUAGUAAGUCGAUUAAUCUUACCGUUUCAUAUAAUGAUAGGGAGGUUAACAACGGGUGUGAGCUAAAGCCCUCUCAGGUUGUAAACCAACCUAGAGUUGAAAUCGGAGGUGAUGAUCUGCGCGCAUUCCACACUCUAGUCAUGGUGGAUCCUGAUGCUCCAAGUCCAAGUGACCCUAACCUUAGGGAAUACUUGCAUUGGUUGGUGACUGAUAUUCCAGCGACUACAGGAGCACGCUUCGGUCAAGAAGUGGUGUGCUACGAGAGUCCAAGGCCAUCAAUGGGAAUUCAUCGCUUGGUUUUCGUGUUGUUUCGACAGCUGGGUCGUCAAACCGUGUACGCCCCGGGAUGGCGUCAGAACUUCAACACAAAAGACUUUGCAGAGCUCUACAACCUCGGAUCUCCGGUCGCGGCCGUCUACUUCAAUUGCCAACGUGAAAGUGGCUUUGGUGGAAGAAGGAGAUAAGAUGAAAGGCGUGCCUAUGGCAUGUAGCUGAUGAAGCUUUAUAUGUAGA